AUGGGCGGGCCUGGAGGGAACGAGAUGGGCGGCGUCAUGCAGGGCAACGGCUCUGGUCAGCCUAAUGCGACCGAGUAUACGCUACAGGGCGUCAUGCGAUUCCUCCAAACCGAAUGGCACCGUCACGAACGCGACAGGAAUGCGUGGGAGAUUGAGCGCCAGGAAAUGAAGGCGAGGAUAGCUGCCCUCGAGGGCCAGGCGAGGCGGUCGGAUGCCACGCAAAAGGCCUUGAAGAAAUAUGUCACCAUCCUCGAGAAGAAGGUUAAGGAUCAGUCGGUGCAGCUCAAGGGAGGAUCCAAGGCCGAAGAGGCUGCGAGGGCCGAGAAGGACCGCGCCGCCCAGAUUCAGGAGAAGCUCAGAUCCUCGACCAAGAAGCCCACUGAUACCGACGGCAACGAGAUCGACAUCGAGAAGGGCGACGACGAGUCGCAGCGUGCCGACCUCAAGUCAUUCCUGGAUCAGUGCCAGGCCGAAUUCACCUACCUGAUGAUCACGCCAGCCAACCCUCUGCCUCCCCGCGAAUCACCUCCGCUCCCGAUUUUGGAAGACUUGCGCGAGGGCGAGCCUUUCGGCGUGCCGGGCGGCAAGCCUUUCCAGGAGCCGCCAUUCUCCUUCGCAUCCUCGUCGCUCGUGCCGCAAAACCAUGUCCGAGAAGCCAACCGCCCGCCUCCUGCUCCGAAUCACGCACCCCCUAUGCAACGAAGUCAGCCCCAAAGUCUACCCAUGAGGCCAGCCGAGCAACAGCUGCAACAGAUGCCGCCUCCUAACCCCGAACCUGCACCCCCCGUCAUGUAUGCUGCUGGUAACGAGUGGCCGCAGCCUAUGUCCGUGACCGGGCGUAUGCUGGACGACAACAUGCAGCAGCGGCCCAGCCAUGCCGUCGAGUCGGUCAGCAGUGUUGAGCCCGCGGAAGAGCCUCAGCUCAAUCGGCCCGCGCCCGAGACUGACGGAUGGGAGUUCCCCGAGGGCGCAUUCCCCGAGUCCAACUCUUCGCAACCUCUUCAGCAGUCCAGCAACCGCCCCGAUACCGAUGCCUUUCCUACCGCCGACAACCUUCCCAAGUCCCCCAACCGCGGGCCGGCCUCCCAUCGCCGCAAAAGCUCAAUGUCGAGGAGGCGUAGCGCUGAACAUGAAUUGUCGUUGAACGCUGCCGCUCAAAAGGCGGAGACUGGAAACUUCAAGUUGCGGUUCGGGCUGCGUGGUCAUUUGGAUACUGUGCGAACCGUCAUCUUCUCUGGUGGCGGCAGCCCAGGAGAGCCAGAGAUCUGCACUGCGGGAGAUGACGGCAUGAUCAAGCGUUUCCAUAUCCCCCGUGUCGACAGUCACGGGCAGACAAAUGCUGCGUCGGAUCUUGACGUGACUGCUAACUUCUCUCAUCGCGGUCACACUGGCGCGGUUCUCUGCCUGACUUCUUGGUCGCCAUCUCCAAACUUCUCUACUGGCGGACGUGCUCAAGGUGACGGCUGGAUCUUCUCUGGAGGCCAAGAUGCUUCCAUUAGAGUUUGGGAGCGUGGCAGGGUAGAUCCCAAGGCCACUCUCGAAGGCCACACCGACGCUGUUUGGGCGUUGUGUGUAUUGCCAACGACGCUGGGAUCGGUCUUUGGGCAGACCAACCAGUACGGCGGUCCUGAUCGCAUCAUGCUCGUCUCUGGAGGUGCCGACGCAACCGUCCGUCUUUGGGCUGUCAGCGCGCCGCCUCAGUUGACUAGUCCUCAGCCAGGUACGAACAGAGCUGGUCCGACGGGGAGCAGAGGCCGUGUUCGUGGCAAUUCUAUGAGUUCGGGCAGCGCUUUCUCGAGCACCCCGCAGCCCAACAUGGCAUCCAACUCUCCAUUCAAUCAUACUCUUGUGCACAACAUCAGAAGGGCUGAUGGAUCUACGGCAAGCCCUACCUGCAUCACACCCCUUGGCGCCAAUGGAGAGUCUUUUGUGGUUUCCUACUCUGACGCUGCCAUCCUUGUCUACGACACCAGAACCGGCGAGCAAACGGGCACCAUGGACAGCUUGGAAACCUACGACGGAACCCCCAAUACCAGCGUCAAUGCUGUUGUGGCGACAACCGUGGGCUUGGAGCAACCCCAAAGCGGCAUGUCUGAAGAGGACGCUGGCGCUGGUGGUGGACCUACUGGUGGUGGCAGGUCGAUGGCAGGAUCAGGCGUUGAGGGCGUCAUCAUCUCUGGACACGAGGAUCGGUUCGUGCGAUUCUUCGAUGCCAACAGCGGACAAUGUACAUACAACAUGCUCGCGCACCCCGCAUCGAUUUCGAGCCUUUCCCUCAGUCCUGAUGGCCGUGAGCUCAUCAGCGCGGGCCACGACGCCUCUUUGCGAUUCUGGAGUCUUGAGAAGCGAUCCUGCACGCAGGAGAUUACGAGCCACCGCAUCAUGCGUGGCGAGGGCGUAUGCUCGGUGGUCUGGAGUCAGGACGGCAAGUGGGUCGUCAGCGGCGGAGGUGACGGCGUUGUCAAGGUGUUUGCGCGGUAG